GGUGACCCAGUUCAAGACAAUUGAAUGUUGGAUAUACUCGUUAACUUGUUAACUUUCACUCGGUACAUUGGAACUUAAGAACCGAUCGACUCUGAUUCAGGCGAAAAUUCGCCGUCAUCGUAGGUCAACACCACAGCGUAGUCCGAGACAGAAAACGUUUGAUUGUCGACUCGGGGUGGUGUUCCGAUCCAUUGAGCAGAAACACAACACGAUGAUUCUUUAUAGACUUCACCACAGUCUUAAAGAUCGCGGACAAUUAAUGAGAAUAUUGAUAUUAUUUAUAUUUCUUGGGUUUUUAUCAACGGACGGCUCUGCGAUGGGGCACCACAAUCGAAGGAAUGGUAAUUGGUGUGAACAUACUGUCACAAAACACGUCUCGUGUCGAGUACGUAACGGAACCGAGAUGUACGUGGAGAAAGUUAAACAAGCUUGGUGCAAUUAUAAACUCAAACAGCCAUUCUCGUCACGUGACAGAAAUUGUGGACAUUCCUUCAGAGUUAUGUUUCGUCCAAUUUAUAGAAUAGAUUUUCAAACAGUGCACACAACCGAAAUGAAAUGUUGUCCGGGAUUCACUGGAUCAAAUUGUCAAAAAGAAUGUUUUAAUUGCACGAGGCUACAAUCGUUAGAAGAUAAAAUUAAUCUGUUGAUAGAAACAUCGUCUUCUAGGGACAACAUUCCAGCUCCUAUAGACAUUCCAGGAAUGACCAGCUCACCCACACCGGGAUCACCCAGGAAGGUACCAUUUGGAAGUGGUGGAAUGGGACCCCCUGGAUCUCCAGGCAUGCCGGGGUUACCGGGUCCAGUGGGACCCCCAGGUGCACCAGGACCUCAGGGAAUACCGGGAACAGCAAUACCAGGUAGGCCAGGUGAUGACGGUCUGCCGGGAAUAAAAGGAGAAAAGGGAGACAGCGGAGAAUCAGGAAUAACGGUAAUUGAGUUGACGUCACUACUAGAAGAAAUACAUAGACUUCGAGAGCGAGUAAUUGGAGUCGAACAAGAGCUAGUCAGACUCAAAGAAAUUGGCACAUUUCCAAGUGGGCCUGGCAUAAAUGUUGGCGAUAUGUUCGAAGGAUCAUCAGAUGGAAUGUUUGGAAAGGACAGAGAAGGAGAAGCCCCGGGAAUACCUACAAAUGUUGACAUUGAUGCCAUGUCACCUGGCAUACCACCAAAUAUGGGCAUAGAUGAGGAUACUGGGUCACCAGGGUCAUCACCGAGGUCACAACCAACUUUAGGCGCACCUGACGUAAUAAGUUAAUCUCAAGAUUGUGUAAUCCCG